ACACGGAAGCUGCUCAGACAGCUGAUAGGAGGCAGAAGUUGAGGAUCGUAAACAUGAAGCGUGAUCAUUAAUAAACACGUAAACACUCGAAACAGCAGGACCAGGGGGUUACACAGUUUUCUCUUCAUGGCUUCCUCUUGGCGUCGUGUCGCUGUGCCGCUGGGCUUUGCGGUUUUAUCGGUCGCUGUCGCCAUCGUUGUACAGACGCAUGGGAUGCCGCCGCUCCUGCCCUCCGCCCUCGGUGUGUGCUCCCUGGUCGGGAUGGCGUUCCUCUGGAGGGACAUCGGCUCCAAGCUGAAGGGUGAGCGCCGGACAUGGAGCGGUCUGCUCGGGCAGUACGUGGCCGUGAAGGCGGUGGGCUGGCUGGGCAGGAGGCAGAGAAGGAAGCUGGAGGACGACACGCUCAACGUGAAGCGGGUCCAGGAGGAGACGCUGCUGAAGCGCCUGCGUAAAAACACCGACACGAGCUAUGGAAGAGAGUUUGACUUCAGCUCCAUGAAAGACAGUGCCAGUUUCCGGGCGCGUCACCCCAUCACCACGUAUGAGCAUUACCGAGAGCGCAUCCGACGCAUCGCUGCAGGAGAGGAGAAGGUGAUCAUUGCUGAGAAGCCGCUGAUCCUGGCCAUGACAUCUGGGACGUCGGGAUCCAGCGCCAUGCUGCUCAGCACCAAGGACACCAACACUGAGUUCUUCCUGCAGGGAGUGACUGUGUGUUUGGACGCCAUGCGGCAGGCGUUCCCUGCAACUGACAGCCUGCAGCGCACGACCAAGUUCUUCUACACACCGACCUUUCGCCAGUCUGAGGCCGGCAUUACCAUCGGACCUAACUCCUCCACGCCAGCCUCCUCCCGCCACAUGCUGAACCUCUACACCACCCCAGCACCCGCCUUUGAGGUUCCCAGUGAGAAGGAUACCCUCUACCUGCACCUCCUGUUUGCGCUGAAGGAUCAGAGUGUGGGAACACUGGAGUCCAACUUUGCAUCCACAGUUUUCUAUGCUUUCACUGCCCUACAGGAUCGUUGGCAGGAGCUUGUGGAGGACAUCGAACGAGGGACGGUCAGCAGUGCUCUGGCUCUGGAGCCCAAAGUGAGGACCAGACUGGAAGCUCUGAUGAAGCCAGACCCAGAGAGAGCUGCUCAGCUCCGGGUCAACUUCCAGGACGGCUUCAGGGGGAUCGCCAAGCGGCUGUGGCCUCACCUCCACCUGGUGCUGGCCGUGGACUCUGGUUCCAAUCAGAUCUAUGGGGAAAUGCUGAGGGAGAGUUACUGCCAGGGGGUGCCUUUCUACUCGCCCUUUUAUGCUGCUACUGAAGGUCUGAUCGGGGUGAACCUGUGGCCUCAGGAGCCAAACAGGCGCUACCUGCUGUGUCCUCGCUCCAUGUUCUGCGAGUUCCUGCCCGAGAGCAGCCUUGAGGAGAAGGCGCCUCACACUCUGCUGAUGGAGGAGGUGAAGGAGGGACAAAGCUACGAGCUUGUCGUCACAAACGCUUCUGGACUCUUCAGAUAUCGCAUGGGAGACAUCGUGAAAGUGGUCGGAUUCCAUAAUCAGUGUCCGAUGGUUGAGUUUCAGUACAGACGGGGUCAGAUGUUGAACGUUCGGGGGGAGAAGGUUUCUGAAGCGUUGUUCCUCAACACUCUGAAGAAAGCCGUCACUCAGUGGCCAGGAUCUCAACUGGUCGACUACUGCUGUGCUGAGAGCGGCAUCAUGGGAGAUUCAAUAGGCGGCUCAGAUCCUCAUUACCAGGUGUUCGUGGAGCUGAAAGGCGUGAGGAACCUCACAGAGGAGCAGCGAUACAAGCUGGACGCCUGUCUCCAGCAGGACUCGGCGGUCUACAGGUCUUUCCGUAUCAAGGGCAGCAUCGGACCAAUGAGGGUGCAGCUGGUGGCGGACGGCGCGUUCAAGGAGCUCCGGAAGCAGAUGAUGGAUUUCUCUAACACUUCACCCAACACCUUCAAAAUGCACCGAGUGCUGCGCAGGAAAGAAUACGCAGAUUUCUUACUGGGAAAAACGGUUUCCUGAAACCGUGACUCUAACUGUGGUGAGCGCUGACUGACUGAAUGACAGAGUUGGUGAAUUGUGCCUUUAGCGACCGAAAUGUGACCAAAAGGCUCAGUUUUGACUAUUGGAAAUGUUUAUAUCAACCAUAUUUAUAAUUUUAUUAAAGCUAACUGUUAAACUGC